UUAGAUCAGUGUUCACUGGAACAUCUGUAGGCACAUAUACACACUCUGUUUACUGUGAGCCUUCUGCUUGCCACGGUCAGAGUGAGCAAUCAGUGAAUCUUCCCCAAGUGCUGACAUUUAAUACCUGGUUUAGCAGCAAAGAUUCAGAGAGGGGUGAGCAGCCCCUCUGGCCUUCAGAUAAAAGAUCUACACAGGAUCAGAAAAUAUGUCACUACAGAUGAUAACAGUCAGUAAUAACAUAGCCUUAAUUCAACCAGGCUUCUCACUGAUGAAUUUUGAUGGGCAAGUUUUCUUCUUUGGCCAGAAAGGCUGGCCAAAGAGGUCCUGCCCCACUGGAGUUUUCCAUUUUGAUGUAAAGCAUAACCAUCUCAAACUGAAGCCCACACUUUUCUCUAAGGAUUCCUGCUACCUUCCUCCUCUUCGUUACCCGGCCACUUGCAUAUUCAGAAGCAGCUUAGAGUCUGAAAAGCAUCAAUACAUCAUCCAUGGAGGGAAAACACCAAACAAUGAGCUUUCAGAUAAGAUUUAUGUCAUGUCUAUUGCUGGCAAGAACAGCAAAAAAGUUACUUUUCGCUGCACGGAGAAAGACUUGGUAGGAGAUGUUCCCGAAGCCAGAUAUGGUCAUUCCAUUGAUGUGGUGUAUAGUCGAGGGAAAAGUAUAGGUGUUCUCUUUGGAGGACGGUCAUACAUUCCUUCUUCCCAAAGAACCACAGAAAAAUGGAAUAGUGUAGCUGACUGUCUGCCCCAUGUUUUCUUGGUGGAUUUUGAAUUUGGGUGCUCUACAUCAUAUAUACUUCCAGAACUUCAGGAUGGGCUAUCUUUUCAUGUCUCUAUUGCCAGAAAUGAUACCAUUUAUAUUUUAGGAGGACAUUCACUUGCCAAUAACACCCGCCCUGCCAACCUAUACAGAAUAAAGGUUGAUCUCCCACUGGGUAGCCCAGCUGUGAAUUGCACAGUCUUGCCAGGAGGAAUCUCUGUCUCCAGUGCAAUCCUGACUCAAACAAACAAUGAUGAGUUUGUUAUUGUUGGUGGCUAUCAGCUUGAAAAUCAAAAGAGAAUGGUCUGCAACAUCGUCUCUUUCGAGGACAAUAAGAUAGAAAUUCGUGAGAUGGAGACCCCAGAUUGGACCCCAGAUAUUAAGCACAGCAAGAUCUGGUUUGGGAGCAACAUGGGAAAUGGAACUGUACUCCUUGGCAUACCAGGAGACAAUAAACAGGCUACUUCAGACGCUUUCUAUUUCUAUAUGUUGAAAUGUGCUGAAGACAAUGUGAAUGAAGAUCAGAAAACGCUCACAAAUAGUCAGACAUCAACAGAAGACCCAGGGGACUCCACUCCCUUUGAAGACUCAGAAGAAUUUUGUUUCAGUGCAGAAGCAUAUAGCUUUGAUGGUGAUGAUGAAUUUGACACCUAUAAUGAAGAUGAUGAGGAAGAUGAGUCUGAGACAGGCUACUGGAUUACAUGCUGUCCCACUUGUGAUGUGGAUAACAACACUUGGGUACCAUUUUAUUCAACUGAGCUCAACAAACCGGCCAUGAUCUACUGUUCUCAUGGAGACGGGCACUGGGUCCAUGCUCAGUGCAUGGAUCUGGCAGAAGACACGCUCAUUCAUCUGUCAGAAGGAAGCAACAAAUAUUACUGCAAUGAACAUGUGAAGAUAGCAAGAGCACUGCAAACCCCCAAAAGAGUCCUACCCUUAAAAAAGCCUCCUCUGAAAUCCCUCCACAAAAAAGGUUCUGGGAAAAUUUUUACUCCUGCCAAGAAAUCUUUUCUUAGAAGGUUGUUUGAUUAGUUUCACAAAAGCCUUUCAAAUUCAAGUGCAUCAAAUUUUUAAACCUGUUUUAAAGAAUCAUAACAGUGAUGAAAAUUAUAUUCCUAUUUUUAUUGAAAAUGUCUAUGUUUUCUUUUAAUCUUAUGAAUUGAGUGCCAAGGAAAAGUGCUCAUAAUACAAUGCUAAAUACUUGAAAAUCUUUUACUCAAAGGUAUCUUAAAUGAGAAUUUCUGACCUGAAUUUUUUCAUUCCAGGAAUCUUAAAUACAGAAGCAGUAAAAAUAAUCAAGAUAUACUUAUAUCCUUCAUAUGAUUUUUGGUUACAAAUAAGCUACUUAAGACAAAGUUAAACUGAUAAAGAAACUAACACCCAAAGGAAUUGGAUGAAUUAUUUUUGCACAAUAUAACAACUUGGUGAUUGGCCAAAAAUUAAAACCUAGAUCACUUGUAUCCCAUGCUAGGGCUCUUUGUACACCUCUAACUCUAAACUGGCCUCUUGGUUGCGCCUGUGAACAGAAAAAGUUCCCUAUAGCUU